AUUGAAGUGGGGACAUGUUCCGUCAUAGUCGGUUCUGCCGUCGAGGCCGUUCCAUCAGAUCCAACGGAGGUCGAGUUUGCAACCUCCGUCUUGCCACUUUUUGAACAUCGUACAUUGAAAACAUCUUCAACUGCAUACUUGCCUUUUUUACGAAACCUGCUGAUCUCUCCACACAGGGCUGACUGACGCCCUUCUGGGAGAAAGCCAGUUUUUGACAAUCGGAUUAAAUCUAGUGGGAAAAAACAAAACUUGGCCUCGUUUUUGUGAGAAAACUGUACCAUGAAUUUGUCAUUCGCCGGGUGUGGGUUUUUGGGGAUUUAUCAUAUUGGAGUCGGAGUCUGCCUUCAGAAGUAUGCACCGCAUUUGUUACUACAUAAGAUAUCAGGAGCUUCUGCCGGUGCGAUCGCUGCAUGUUGUCUUUUAUGCGACCUUCCUAUUGGGGUUGUUGCUAGUGAUAUGCUUAAUCUAAUAAGAGAGGCGAGACAUAGGACGUUAGGACCGUUCAGUCCUUGCUGUAACGUUCAAGAAUAUCUUUCAAACAAUCUUAACAAGGUCUUACCAGAUGAUGCGCAUUUAAAGGUAAAUGGAAAAUUACACAUUUCUUUAACGAGGAUUUCCGAUGGAAAGAACGUCCUGGUUUCUCAAUUCGACAGUAAAGACGAUCUCUUGCAGGCUUUACUUGCUAGUGCGUUCGUUCCGGUGUUCUCUGGUUUCUUUCCACCUAUGUUCCAUGGCGAGCGAUACAUAGACGGUGGAUUCAGUGAUAACCUUCCAACGCUUGAUGAAAAUACCAUAACUGUCAGCCCUUUUUGUGGUGAAACAGAUAUUUGCCCAAGAGAUUUUUCAUCACAAUUAUUCCAUGUCAAUUUCGCUAAUACCAGUAUUGAAUUAUCGAAACAAAACGUGUAUCGUUUUGCCAGGAUACUUUGGCCCCCAAGAGUCGAGAUUCUAUCUAAACUAUGCAAACAAGGUUUCGACGACGCUUUGAGAUUUCUUCAGAGGAACAAUUUAAUAAAUUGUACCCAUUGUGUAGCGGUUCAAUCGACGUUUGUCCUUUCGGAAGCUGUAAGCGAAAAUUCGGAGUAUGAUCCGCAAUGUUUAGACUGUGAACUUCACAGACAGGAGGCUUCGCGAGCGAAUUUACCCGACACGAUAGUAGGAGUGUUCCAAGACGCGAUCGAUUCUGCAAACAAGGGAUUCUACAAUUGGAUGCUGUCGCACAGAGGGAUGAAAUUAAUGACACUUUUAAGCCUUCCUUAUGCCAUUCCGCUUGAUUUAGCGAUGGCAACCCUAAAAAAGGUUAUAACACUGUUACCAUCCAUGAGUGAAAGUUUGAGGUUAAUCUACCAGUUUUGUAGCAGCGUAAUAAUGUAUAUGGUGCACCGUACAUCACAAGAUCAUUAUGACCCAUCAAACAUAACCUGUCAAAUGGAAUAUACUGGAUUAGGGUAUGAUGAUGACAUGUCACAGUUGUAUGAGAAAGGGCUCAAUUUUAAACUCCACAUCGAUGAAAGUGAAUUAAAAAUGGCUACUGAUUUAACAACAAAUGAAAUAUUAGCAAGGCGGGAUAGCCUGCCAGAUGAAUUAGAAAAUUCUUCUGUUAAAGAGACACUAAAAGACAUUUUUCGAGUUACUUCUCAUCAAGAUGCAAUCGUUAAAUUCUCCUAUAUGGAUGAUGAUAAUAAGGUCAAAAUAACAGAAAUUUAUGAUGUGACAGAGUCCUCCACUUGUUCGGAUGGUACAGACAGCGAAGAUAAAAUUGAAACUAUUAUUGAAGAUGCACAACUAUGGGAUGGUACACAAAUAUUCAAUCUAAAGUUGCCGUUGAAGGAUUCAGAACUUGAAGGGAAAGACAUAACAUUGACAGAUGCAGCAGAAUAUGCAAAAAUGUUUUCAGAACCUGAAUCCGAAUGGAUGAGUAGGGAAAAAGUUGAGGAUUUGUUUCUCGACCAAUAUUUGAAUGAUCUGCGCCCAGAAAGUGAUCAGUCUUUGUUAGAAUAAAACUCCACCGUUUGAUUUUAACAAACAAAAAAUGUAUAAAUAGUACAAAAGGAAACGAUUUUUUUGUAUUUCAAUUUUUUUCUCAUGUAUAUAUUUAUUUAAUUUACCA